GCCCGGCCCCGUUCGCCGCCUCGCCCGCACCGCCCGGCCCGCGGCACCCCGGCCCCACGGCAGCCCCCAUGCCCCGCCUCGGAGCCAAGGUGUGCCUGCUCCGCUGCACCCUGUUGUCGUCCCUCCUCCUCCUCCUCGUCUGCAGCAUCCAUGAGACGGAGCAGAACAGCUACUGCCAGCAGAUCAUCACAGAGAAGCACCUGGCCGAGCUGGAGGAGCUGGCGGACACCCAGAUGCAGCAUCCGGGCAGGGUCUCCUUCAAGUUCAUCAAUAAGAUGCAGCUGAGCGACUCCGUCUGCUAUGUGAAAGCUGCCUUUCCUCUGCUGGGCAAGAUCCUGAACAGAACGGUGUUCAAGGAGAACUCUUCCAAUGCCAAGAAGAUGCAGAUGGUGCGCAGGAUGUAUGACAGCAUCGAUGAGAACGUGGACCCCUGCAUCAGGGAGGAGGAUGACAAGGAGCGCAUGCUCUCAGAGAUGUGCUUCGAGGAGUUCACCACGUCCCCCUACGAGAUGCUGGCGCUGGUGAAGCAGUUCUUCCAGGACAUCAACCUGCUGCUGCAGAGCAAGGAGACCUUCGAGAAGGACUGCAGCCAGGUGUACCGCAGCAUGUGCGUGGGGCCCAGGCAGCCCAGCUCCUCGCCAGGUGUGGGGACAGAUCCUGACUGCAAUUGCCUGUCCCCUGCCCUCCCUUCUGCCACCCAGCCCUCCCUAUCCGCUGCCACCCAUGCCAGCAGAGAAGUGGCACCUGCUAGCGCCCGGGUCCCUUUCAGCCUCCUCCACGGCACCCUCGCUGAGUUAGGCAGCAGCGCCCUGUCUCAGUCCCCCAGUAGCUUGGAGGGCAGCUCAGGGACCGACGAGGUCCCAGGAAUUGGGCUCGGUGACACGGAACCAGUGUCCCCCACGACGCAGCAGACGGCUGGAGCCGGCGGCGCCGCCGAAGCCCUCCUGGAUCCGGUUGCCGCCGCCAUCCCAGCGGCUGAGGACGUCUCCAUCCCCUCCCGAGGGAUGGCGGAGGAGGGCACCGGAGCCUCUGUCCUCCCGGAUCAGCCCUCCUCGCCCCGCAGGAUCAGCACCAAGAUGCCGGCAGCGUCCCCCAGCACUGUCUCUGUGGGUCACCGCGGGGCCAGGAUCCGUCCCACGGAGACACCCGAGCCGGUCACGCAGCUCCGCUUCUCCAGGAUGGCCCCGUCGGCGUGGGGCCGGGCGCCGGGCAGCCUCGGGGACGGCGCGAGGGCGCGGGGCUGGGGGCUGAGUCGGCUGCGGGAUCCCGAGGACGGUGGGGCCGGACCCAGCUUUGACUCGAGCUUUGUUCUGAGCGCAGAGCAGCGUAGGAAGGAGCCGAAAGCCAGGGAGAGCCACCGGGAGCUCCUGAUAUACGUCAUGGUGGCCAGCGUCGUGGCCGUCUUGCUGGCCAUGGGCGGGCUGCUCUUCUACAAGUAUAAAUCCAAGGUCCUGGAGCGGCCACUGGAAGAGGGGGGCUGCGACCCCGAGGAGCCAGAGCGGAGGGCGCUGCAGGGAGCGAGGGGGUGCCCGGAGAUGGAGAUGGAGGAGCUGUGAGGGCCCCAGGCGGGAUGUGAAGCUGCUCGGGGGACGGACGGGGAUGCUCCUCGCUGUGCGAAGAAGGGCCGGUGCGCGCUGGCCCCGCUGCAGCCUCCCCCCGGCGGCGAUGAUGCUCACACUCCCCCCUCCCUAGCCCCGCGGCGGGAGACUGCAAAACCACGGGCAAAGACGGAAGGGUGGGGGGGACGCGCACCCCCUGCGGGACCCCGGCACCCGGGAGCACGUGGCUGGAAGGCGCUGGAGCAUCACCAAGGGGCUCUGCGGGGCCAGUGGCGGAGGCAGGGCUGCGGUGCACGGAGCGUGGCGCUGGCUCCGGGAUGGGGACGGGCUCGGAUUUGGGCUGCGCUGCCUGAAGCUCGGAGGGGAGCAGCUCCCCGGAUCCGGCCAGGAUUCGCCGCUGCCCAUUGCUCCUCUCCCACCCUGGCACAGCAGGAGCUGGAGCAGCACCCCGUGCACCCCUCCUGCACCCCAGCUGCUGAGGAGCCAUGGCCGGGACCCCCCCACCCCUCUGCCUCCCCGUGCCUGCACAGACUGCACGCCCCGAACUGCAAGGGGAAACCCUCACACUGUGAAUAUUUAAUGCCCCCAGGCAGGGGGGCGAUGCUUGGUGCCAUCCCCGUCCUGCUGCCGCUGUGGCACGUCCCACGCACCUGAGCUGGCCUUGGGAGCUGCCUGGCACCGCUUUGUGCAUUAGGGUUUUAUUUUAAUGUGGCGGAUAAAUGCCUUUAUCUGGCAGAAAUGUUUUUUUUUUUGGGGGGGUGGGGUGGGGUGGGGGAGAAGGGGGCUCCUGCCUCCCCACAAGGUUAUUGCUGCGAGCUGGCCUCGCCCCAGACUGGAUUUUUGCAACUGUGCUUUGGAGCAGGGGAAGGCGGCGGUGCAGGGGCUGCUUUCACGGGGGUGGGAGCUGGAGCGGCCCCCGCCUGGCACCGCCUCGGGGCGCACCGGCAGCACCUUGGGGUGCACCAGCCCCGCAGCUGCCCCGGCCCUGGGCCCCAUCCUGCCCCGCUGCAGCGUUCCCCCGGCCCCGCACUGAGCGUGGCCGUGCUGCUCUUUGGAUUUGAAGCAUUAUUUUUAUACAGUAGAAGAAAAUUGGAACAAACCACACUUUUUAAAGCAUUACUAUUAAUUUUUCUAUGUGUAUUUAUGACGGCCAAAAGGAGAUGUUUCCUGGGGUGAGAGACCAGUGUAAGUCAGGAGGGAAGCCCCACAGCAGGGUGCCCAGGCUGGGGCUGGACCUGCUGCUGGUGUAAGCCCCUGACUUGGCACCACUUUGCACGGGGGGGGGAGACAGCCUGCGGUCGGACCGGGAUGGACUCAUUUUGCCUCUGUUUUUUUUUCUUUUUUUUUUUAUACAGUGAAAUAUUUUAUAUGAAGUCAUUUAAAGAAGUCUAUUUAAAGAAAAGAAUAGAAAAUGGCUUGUAUAUUUAAUAUUAUUAAUAAACACAGAUGUG